UUUCAGCAUGUCUCUUAUUUGUACCUGUUGGUCUCUGAAAAUUCUGAACUUGCAGAUUCCCACAGCUUGGACUCCAGCCGAUACUCCAUAGUGGGAGCGGAUCUUCGCUUCUCGUCAGAUCUAGAGGAAAAGCUAAAGAAACACAAACUGGAUGUACAUUUGCCAACACUUCUGGUAGCAGAGUGUGUGCUGGUUUACAUGACUCCACAACAAUCUGCAGAUCUUUUAAAGUGGGCGGCGAGCACUUUUCCAGUGGCGAUGUUUAUAAAUUAUGAGCAGGUGAAUAUGGCGGAUCGGUUUGGACAGAUCAUGAUUGAGAACUUGCAGAGACGGCAGUGUAACCUGGCUGGAGUGGAAGUCUGCAGAUCCUUAGAAUCUCAGAAGGAACGAUUGCUGUUAACUGGAUGGGAAAAUGCACAUGCCAUUGAUAUGAUGAAAGUGUACAGCUUCUUGCCACAGGCUGAUGUCAAAAGAAUAGAAGAACUUGAAUUCUUGGAUGAAAAAGAACUCUUUGAACAACUAAUGCAGCACUACUGCAUCUGCUGGGCCUCAAGAGACAGCAGUAAUCUGGGUCUUGCAGACAUCACCUUCUAAUGUACUUGCUCAAGGGAAGCCGUGGGUCCAGAAGCCACAGCUGCUGCCUUCUUCUUGAGACAAGGUCACAGAAAUGAUGGGACUGUGCAUGUGCCGAGUUCAGUCUGCUCAUCUGUGUAAGCAGUGCCAGUGAAGAAAGUGACGGGUGCUGCUGAUGUUGACUGUCCUGUUGGCUUUUGGUAGUUUGAAUUUUUUUUUUGCCCGUUUUAAGCAACUGAUAUGAAGCAAGAUUCACCUCUCAUUCCUGGAUAUGAGUAUAAUGACAGGCUUUUAUAAGAUGACUAAUUCCUGUUUAAAGGCUCACCUUCCUCAGUUUAAAACUGUGAGUGUUCUUGGAUUAUAUUCUCCACUUUCAUCUCCUUGUGGAUGUGUAAACUGUAUUUGUGAUAGGAAGCUGGAAAAAUAUGUUGAACUGCAUUAGUGGAUUUCUCUUUGCACUGUGCACGGCUGAUCAUGAAGGUUAGUUUUGUUAAUUUUCUUUGUUUGGGUUUAACUCUUAGGAAGUGUCGCCCUGUGAGCUUUCUCCAGGCUUUUACUAUUGCUACAAGGCUGUCACUAUGCUUGGUCUGCCCUUUAUGUGGGAAGAGUGAAAGAAGAAAAGGGGCCAUGAUUAAAGCAGCCUUUAUUUAACUGGGAAGGGCUCAGCUUGGUGGUUCAGCAUGAGGAUGGUUGUGGUGAGAAAGGAAGUAAACUAUAUUUGCACUCCUGGCGAUAUUUUUACACCAGUCUCUAUUUCUUUCUUUCCCCUUAAAAGAAAUGAGCAAAAUCCAUUUAGUAACAAAAAAAAAAA